UCCACCGGAAGUACCGCGUGAGUUGGGGUAGUUUGUCCGCGCGAGGAGGAGAAAACAAAAAAAAAAACGGUCGGAGCAUUUUUUCCUCGCUCGCGCUACAUCUGGUAGUAAGUCCAUCAGCGGCCAUAUGUAAAUUUAACCUCAUUCAUUCAUUUUUAGACGCAGUUUGUCUUUUUAUUUAAACACCACAAGACAAAACAAAAGCUCCGAGCUUCUCUCCCGGUGCUGCUCCGCCAUUCUCCUGGACGUUUCUCGGUGUAUGCCUCUCGGUGGUGACCGUCCGUCGCGGGCUGGGUGGUGACAGCACGGUACGAUGAUCGAGCGACCAGAGACUGCGGUUCCCAGCAUCGCUCAGCGGAACCUGGAGGGCUAUGUGGGCUUCGCCAACCUCCCCAACCAGGUGUAUCGGAAGUCGGUCAAAAGAGGCUUCGAGUUUACUCUAAUGGUCGUAGGUGAAUCUGGCCUCGGAAAGUCGACGCUCAUCAACUCUCUCUUCCUGACUGACCUGUACUCCAAGGACUACCCUGGACCGUCCCAGCGCAUCAAGAAAACUGUGCAGGUGGAGCAGUCCAAAGUGCUGAUCAAAGAAGGCGGAGUCCAGCUGACGCUCACCAUCGUGGACACACCGGGGUUUGGAGAUGCUGUGGACAACAGCAACUGUUGGCAGCCGGUCAUAAACUACAUCGACAGCAAAUGCGAGGACUUCCUGAACGCAGAGUCGAGGGUGAACCGCAGGUCCAUGCCAGACAACAGAGUCCACUGCUGCCUAUACUUCAUCGCGCCCUCCGGACACGGUCUGAAGCCGCUAGACAUCGAGUUCAUGAAGAGGCUCCACGACAAAGUCAACGUCAUCCCUCUUAUCGCAAAAGCCGACACUCUGACCCCGGAGGAGUGCCAGCUUUUUAAAAAACAGAUAAUGAAAGAGAUUCAGGAGCACAAAAUAAAAAUUUAUGAGUUCCCAGACACGGAGGACGACGAGGACAACAAACUCAUCCGAAAGAUCAAGGAGAAGAUGCCGCUGGCGGUGGUCGGCAGCAACGUGGUAAUCGAGGUCAACGGCAAGAAGGUCAGAGGUCGCCAGUAUCCGUGGGGCGUGGCAGAAGAGGGCGUUUUUGUGGAGAACGGCGAACACUGCGACUUCACCGUGCUGCGUAACAUGUUAAUCAGAACCCACAUGCAGGAUCUAAAAGACGUCACCAACAACGUCCAUUACGAGAAUUACCGCAGUAAGAAACUCGCCGCCGUCACCUGUAACGGAGUCGACACCUCCAAGACCAAGGGACAGCUCACCAAGAGUCCUCUGGCGCAGAUGGAGGAGGAGCGCAGGGAACAUGUUAUGAAGAUGAAAAAGAUGGAGGCAGAGAUGGAGCAGGUCUUUGAAAUGAAGGUUAAGGAGAAGAAGCAGAAACUGAAGGAUUCAGAGGCCGAGCUGGAGCGACGCCACGAGCAAAUGAAAAGGAACUUGGAGGCGCAGUACAAAGAGCUGGAGGAGAAGAGGCGAGUGUUCGAGGACGAGAAGGCCAACUGGGAGGCUCAGCAGAGAAUCCUCGAGCAGCAGAAACUCGACGCCUCCAAGACGAUGGAAAAAAACAAGAAGAAAGGAAAAAUCUUUUGAAGAGAAGACGCGACGUCGUAGUUCCUUCAGUUUUACAUGAACUCCUUUUGUUUUUCUUCAUCCCUCCCCCUCUGAAGUUCUCACACAUAAACAGAUAUAUAACAUCGUGUUUAACAUCAUUACACACACAUAUAAACCCACAACAUGCUCGUCUCUCUGCAGGGUUAUCCGCUCAAACCUUUUCUUUCUCAUGGGGAAUGCAUGUUUUUGUGAAAUUCUAUUUUCCUAUAUUUCCUGACAAAGAGGAGAAGCCCGAGUUCCUCUGAGCUACAGUACGGAGUUAACACAUGGCGGGGACCAUGCAUAGCCAUUUGUACACACACAUUGUAGUAGUCGUAUGUUCUCUACAUAUUCCAUAGAUCUGCAGAUAGACGCUCUUUCUUUUUGUUCUCAUGUAACACAAGCGUACACGCUCAGUCAGUGCAGUCGUGAAGACCUCGUUCAAGGAUGUGUUAAGAGAAGGGCGAUGUGUAUGUUAGCAGUGAAGGUAACCGAACCCGGGCGGCGGCGGCGGCGGCGACCGAGGAGGAACAAAGUCAGGUGGGGUUAAGGUCCGGUCACACCACGAAAUAAGUCUUAAUGUGGCUAAACAAGUCUCGGUGACGUAGCGACUACUUGUAGGGCUAGUUUAACUGGUAACUGGUAACACGCUGAUGCUAACUAGUCACGUUAGCGUUUUAAACUUCUUUUUGAAGUAGCUCGCUAUUAAACUCGUAAGCUCAGUCAAAACAACAACAAAUUUGCUAACAGUACUAGUUUAAAAAAAAACAACUAUGCUGACCGGUAAGCUAACUGCUAACGUGCUAGUAACUGGAAACACACUGAUGCUAUCUAGUCACGUUAGCUUUUUUUUUUUUUAGCUUCUUUGUGUUUUUUCAGUUUUUGGAAUAAAACUAGCUCACUAAGUAAUUAGUGACCUCAUUAGCUCAGUUAAAAACAACAAGUCCUAAUGUGGUGAUCGCUAAUCGUUAACGUGCUAGUAACUGGGGACACGCUGAUGCUAACUAGUCACGUUUUAAACUUUUGAAGAAGCUCACUAUUAAACUCGUAAGCUCAGUCAAAACAACAACAAAUUUGCUAACAGUACUAGUUUAAAAUAAAAAUAUGCUAAUCGGUAAGCUAACUGCUAACGUGCUAGCAACUGGAAACACACUGAUGCUAUCUAGACACGUUAACGUUUUAAACUUCUUUUGAAGAAGCUCGCUAUUAAACUCAAGUUCAACAAGUUCGCUAACGGUACUAGUUUUAAAAAGUCACGUUAGCUUUUUUUUUCCCCCGCUUCUUUCUGUUUUCUCAGUUUUUAAAAUAAAAGUAGCUCGCUAAGUAAUUAGCAGUCUCAUUAGCUCAGUUAAAAACAACAAGUCUUAAUGUGGUGAUGUUAAGCAAGAGACUACUUGUAGGGCUGGUUUAAAAAAAAAAAAAAAGUUAAUCGGUGAGCUAACUGCUAACGUGGUAGCAACUGGGAACACGCUGAUGCUAUCUAGUCACGUUAGCUUUAUUUUUAGCUUCUUUCUAUUUUCUCAGCAUCAUAAACCAUCAAAGAAGAAGCUCGCUAUUAAACUCGUUAGCUCAGUCAAAACAACAAGUUUGCUAACGGUACUAGUUUAAAAAAAAAACUAUGCUAACUGGUAAGCUAACUGCUAACGUGCUAGCAACUGGGAGCACACUGAUGCUAUCUAGUCACGUUAGCUUUUUUAGCUUCUUUUGAAGAAGCCCACUAUUAGUUAGCUCGUCAAAACAACAACAAGUUCGCUAACGGUACUUAUUUUCCAAUUUUUACGUAAUUCAACAGAGCAGAUGGCGCAACGCGGCUAUUACGUUAACGUUACGGCAAACUAUCAAGAUGCCUUCCUAUUGGUUAACAGGCACCAAAUUCACCAUUUAGCCAUUCUUAAACAUCGGCGUGUGACCGGGCCUUUAAAAAAACGUGAUUUACAUGGAAAGCCAGGCUAGUUCAUGUUUAUGUUUGAGCCUCCUGGCUUUCCAUACAGGUGUGACGUGUGCAUGAGCAGGUGUGUUUUUUAUUAGAUGUGUCAUAUAAAACGCGGGAGGUAAGAAUCGCGUGUGUCUAACAGCAGCCAUCGUCAUCGCGGUGUUUUUUUUUUUUUCUCCCCUAUUUAAAAAGAAGACGAUAUGCAAAAAGCCUCAUCGGUGUGUACAACUUUACAGGUUACAGUGGUUCAAAGAUGUUUUAUAUUGUGAUGUAAGUGAUGGAUAUUGUCAUAAACUUGGAUCCUCGUGUGCCAUCAGCGAGCUGAAAUAAUUCCUUUAACCUCCCCUCCCCGGAAAGACGUUUGCCAGUUAAAGCCACGGGUUAGUCUCUGACUUCGCUUAUAGAUAUUACGUCAAGGUCAGAGUCUUUAUUAAACCUACCCAAGAGUUGUCAUGUUUUAUUUUCAUAUGACGAUAUUGAUAAUAACUCUAUGUACGGUUGAAGAACGACUCCUUAAAAAUUCCCUCGUAGUUUUCUUACACGACUCGUAGAUUAAUCUGUUGAUUUUUAGUGUAGUUUUUUCACGACUGUCAUCAAGAAGAAUUAAAAAAUAAAAUCCUUUUCACCUUCUGCACAGAAAAUGUUACCUGUAUGGAUUUGUUCAUAUAUUGUGUACAUACUCGAGGCUGCUCAGUGGCCUUCAUAUUUUUUUUUUUUUCGGUUUGUUUUUCUUGAGUUUUUCAGAAACCAGGAACAACAGCAGAACAGAGCCCAUCAAACUUGUCUUAAGAACACACACACACACACACACACACGUAUACAUACAUAUAUAUACUGUAUACAUCUAUGCCAAUGCGUACACCUUCUCAGGACCGCUCUGUUACACUCCAGAGAAAAGCAAUUCUGUGGUCCGACAAGUUAGUGACAGAUUUUUUUCCGCUUGCGAACCACUCACCAUUCCAGUAACACCGAGUUAAGAUAGACAAAAAAAAGUUUAGGUGGAUUUAUUUUAUUUUGUAUUAUUUGACUGUUUUCUGCUUUUCUUCUGUUUUAUUACGUGUUCUGUCUCUAACCGUACAUGGUUAAUAUUAAAGUUGACAAAGUUAUGCUUUAAA